GGCCCGCCGGCGGCCACUGAGCUGUGAGAGCAAGGCCUGCCUCCGUGCGCACAGCCUGCGGGCACGGGUCAUGGCGCAACUCCCCAAACUCGCAGUCUUCGAUCUAGACUACACGCUCUGGCCGUUCUGGGUGGACACGCACGUAGACCCCCCUUUCCACAAGAGCAGGUGAGGCAGGGCUGGGGAGGCCUGGGGCCAGGCGGGGCUCCGCGGGAGCUGAGCGCACUCUGGCCCUCUCCAGUGAUGAAACUGUACGAGAUAGGCGGGGCCAGAGCAUCCAACUGUACCCUGAGGUGCCUGAGGUCCUGGAACGAUUGCGGGGCCUGGGAGUACCCAUCGCGGCCGCUUCACGAGGUACCCGUAUCAGGCAAGAAGGAUAUGGAAUUGAAGCUGGACGGAAGAUGCUUGCCCAUCCCGGACAAACAAGAAGUUGAUUUCCCCCUGGUUACACAUAACUUCACUUGCAGCCUUGGCCCUCCAUUCUCCCCAUCUACUACACCUUUUUACAGGACAGGUGAGGUUGAAGGAGCCAACCAGCUGCUGGAGCUCUUUGACCUUGUCAGAUACUUUGUUCAUCGGGAAAUCUAUCCAGGCAGCAAAGUCACGCACUUUGAGAGGUUGCAGCGGAAGACUGGAGUUCCUUUCUCUCAGAUGAUCUUCUUUGAUGAUGAGAAGAGGAACAUCGUAGAUGUCAGCAAACUGGGUGUUACCUGCAUUCAUGUCCAGCAUGGAAUGAGCCUUCAAACCCUAACUCAAGGAUUAGAUGCAUUCACAAAGGCCCAAGCUGGACUCUGAGGUCCAGUCAUUUGAGGCACAGAACUGAAAGGAAAUCAGGAGGGCAUUUUCAGG